GGAGCAUUGCGUGUGUUUCUAUUUAUAAAUUAAAAACAUAAGGUUUUAUAACUGCUGUUUUUAAUAUCAGAUUUUUAUUUACUUUUAAAUAAAAUAAUUAUAAACAAAUUCUUUCAAUUUUUUUAAAAUAAAUUUUUGUGUUCAAUUUUUUUUUUUAAACAAAACAAAAAAAUAAAAUAAAAAGUAAAUUAAAAUUUUAUUCGAUUACUUUCAAUAGUCAUUUGUUUUUGGUAAUACUUAAAAAUUGUCAAAUGUUGCUAAGAAGCGAUUAUAAACAAAUUUCUAUCAUUUUAUGUUGUGUAUAUUGAAUUCUGAAUAUUGUUUGUUUGUUUUUUUAUUCAGAAUGUCCGAAAUAACGAUAGCAUCAAAAAGCAAUACUGAAGUACAAUAUCUCAGCAAUAAGUGUCAUGAAGAUUUUACAUCUUCAUCACACAAAGCAGCGGUGAAAAAUGCAACUCAAUAUGUUAAACGAAGAUUACAAUAUUCUCAAUUGCCAGUAAGAUGUCAAAAAAGACCAAUUUAUCGACCAGCAAAAAAUUCCUACAAAUUACAAGGAUCAUCAAUUAUUCCAACAAUUAAUUUAAUCAAGACAAAUUCGACGAAAAAUUUAGCGGAUAAUUUGAAAUGUUCAUCAGGUUCACGAAUUCCAAUAACACCCCGAUGUAAAAGAAGUAUUUCUCUUGUCGAUCUAUCACCAGGUGUUAAUAAUCCAGAAUUUGGUGAUUUGAGAUCGGAAAGUAAUUCGAAUUCAACAAGACGAGAAGAAAUUGAAGAGCGUAAAGCGGCAGUUGAAAUGUUGGGUGUAGUUGAAAUUGGCAUGGAAUAUGGACAAACAAAAGAAAUGAAUUGUCAAUUAGAGGAAGAAAAUAAAGCCGCAAGUUUAGUGUGUCGUGUAUUACUUAUGAAUGCAUGGCGCAAAAGACGAGAAGAAGUUGUUCAACUUCAGACAAAUGUUGAACAAUUAAAUCAGCAAGUCGAUCAUCUUCAUAUUCAAAUUGUUGUUCUUCGUCGAUUACUUGAAACUGAAAAUGGUCGAAUUGGAAAAAUUACACAUGAAAUUAAUCAAACAAAAUUACAAUUAAAUGAAGUUAUUCAAGAGAAAGAGACUCUAAUAUUGGAAAAAGAAAAUCUCGAAAGAAAAGUUCAAUCCAUCCGGGAUUCGUCAGAACAGGAAAAAGUGGCUGCGGAAAACUUGAGGAAUCAAUUAUUUGGCUUGAAAAGUCAGUUGGAGGCACUAGACGGUCAAAUAACUCGAGACAGAGAAAAAAUAUUGAAAUUAAGAGAAGACAAGAAAAUUUUAACAGAAAAGAUUACUGCCAAUGAGGAACAGUUGAAAAACGAGAGAUUAAAGAACGAAGAAUUGAAACUCUUGGUCGCAUCCUCUGAUGAAAAGGCGCAAUUAUCUUUCAAAGAAUUGAAAAAAAAGGAAGAAGAAGCUGAAAAAUUGAAGGAACAAUUGAAACUCAGUAAAAAUGUAGCAACAGCUCUUGAAAAUAAACUUUCAGAUCGUGAGGCUGCAUUAAGAAAAGUUGAAACUGCAUUUAAUUCACAAAUAUUUGAAUUAAACGAAUUGAAAGAACGUCUAAUUCGUCAAUCUCAAGAAAUUGGAUGGAGUACUCGAGUUUUGCAAUUUGCCGGAAGUUUUGUUCGAGCUCCUCGAGCAAUUUUACGAUCAUUAUCGUUUUUCUCUAGUUCUGGAACAAAUAUACUUUGAAAACUUUUUGUAUCUUCUAAAAAGCUUUUGAUGAACAAUUCGCAGUCACUUAUAUAUAUUCCAAGGAGCGAUUCUCUGAACGAAUUUCUUUUUUUUUUCUUUUUUUUUGCACAAGGCAAAAAAGAAGUCUUGAACUGCUGUAUAGAAUGUGUUGGGGAGAAAGGGACAAAUAAUAAAAAGGGGAUUCAAUUGGCAGUGAAAACUAAAUUACCAAGCACGAAUCUUCAAUUAUUUUUAUACUACACUUGCAUAGUUUACAAGUGAUUUUUUUUUUUUUUUUUUAACAAAAAGAAAAAAAAUGUAUGUAUUAUUUUAAUGAUCUUUUUUUUUAAUUUCUGUAUUUUAUCAAAAGAAAAAGGGGGAAAAAAUUGGAUAAAGGAAUUUUUUUCUAGAAUAAAUAUAUAUACA